UGUUGUUGUUGUGACCGACAAACAGUCAAUCGUUCAUUUGUUUAUAUUUGUACUCCGAAAUAAACUGAAGGUUGUUUAAUUUCUCUUUGGCGAUGGCGAGUUUGGAUGAAAAGUGGAAAGCUGUGGACAACUUUGAGUCUGUUGUGGUAGAUCGUGAAAGGGAUGUUUUUUUUGUGACAGAAGAAUUGUAUUAUCUUCAUAAAGGCCGAAAGCAACUCAGGGGUGUAACAAGUAGUUGCAACUAUCGCUUGACGAUACCAUUUGCCCCUCAUCUCUUUGGCUCAGGCAAAACGACCUUUGCCCGAACCUAUUUGGAGUUGGUGCAAAGGUUUGGUGAAACUUUUCUGUCGAAUUUUGCUUCAGACCCUUUGAGAAGAACCUUUUUGGAGAAGCUGAAAAGGGCUUCGUUGCUCUUUGUGGAUUUGAGGAAGUUGGAGCCCACAGAACCGAAAGAACGCAACCUAAAGUGGGCAGUCUACUAUUUGUUAGUAAAGGCUGCUUUUUUGCAAUCAGGUCUUCCGCAACCAGACCCGGACGAAUGUUUCAAGGAACUGAAACUUAGGAGUGAUGCUUUGGUUCAGAAAAUCCGUUCAAUCUUAGACAUUCCUUCUGAUCAAUAUCUUUUGUUGGCAUUUGAUGAAGUUGGUGUGUUUGAUACAAAGGGAACUUUUUUUGAACUGGAGAAGAAUGACAAAGGUGUGGUUCGACCUUACAAUGACUUUUUCGGUAUCAUUAGUCAUUUGUGCGAAGAACCCGACUUGUUUUUUAUUGUUGUUGGGAAAAGCAAGGGUUUAAGUAUUAAGAAUGAUGUGGCUUUUGGGCUAUCGAGAGUUAUACUACAUUUUAUUUCUUUAUCACCUUUGGACGCUUCCAGUAUCGUUGAAUUCCUUGAAAAGAGUCUUCUAAAGACACCUACUCAAGUUCCAGUUUGUAAUGUCUUAUGUAGUUCUUCAUUUUCAGUAAAUGAAUUGGCAGACUCAUUAUUGGAAUGUACAGGUGGAGUUCCUGGUUUGUUGACUCGUGCAGUGAAUAUGCUUUUGAAUUAUAUAAUAGCAAGAAAUCAGCCUUUCAUAUCGAAAGAAGAAUGUUUGACGUGUAUGAAUGACUAUGAUUUCCGAAUAAUUUGUGCUGAACCAUUUGUGGAACGAAUAUUGAAUUUGGACGAAGAUAGAAAAAGUGUUUUUGAUUUACUUUUGAUGAUGGCACUUUUUCGUAUACCGUUUCAAGUAGAUGAUAUAUUGACCUCGGAGUCCUUUUUAUAUGAUGCAGUCACUGAAAUGGGAUUAUAUCGAUAUCCUAUUGACGAGAAUACUUUUCAAGUCCUGAUUCCAAAAGUAUUUGUUGGAAUCUUCAAGAGGGACCCUUCCAUAUCUUCUUUGGAAAACAUACUUCUCGAAUCACUUGAUGUCGAACCAGUAGAUUGUUUCUUCUAUUCAAAGUGUCGUGUAUUUGAAGGAAUUGUUGCUUUACGACUAGUUUUGAUGUUGUCUUCAAAGAAUCGAAAUGAUACAAUAUCACCUAUUCACUAUAUCAAGUCUGUUGUUAGUUCUAGAGAAACAAGAAGUGAAUCGAACAAGAGUCGAAGAACUUUUGCCAAUACUGAAUGGAAUAAGAUUAUUCGAGAGACACUUUAUUUAGAGACUAUUUACAUUCCUUUGGACGCUACUUCUCAUAGUCCUGAUAUUAUAUUCAAAUUACAAUCUCCUGUGGAACCCAAAGUUCUUACUGUUGGAGUUGCAUGUAAAGGACGUUGGAGGUCGGAAGGAAUUGGCUUGUCAGAUAUUAUAGAUGAAGCCAAGAAAUUUUUAGAUCCUGUUUAUGAUCAAGUCUUAUCCAGUGCAAUGGAUUAUCAUCAUUGUAUGCUUAUUAUCGUUAGUACAAAGUUAUCAUUGAAUGUUUCUAAUGAGUUGGGUAAUCAGAGUCGUUGUUACUCCAGUGGAAUGUUUAUUGGAAAUGAUUCUUUCAAAGUACCUGAUAACUGUGAACUUGUUAUUCUUUGUGAAAGAGAUAUGGAAAUGCUGAUUGACGAAGAAAUAUUGAAUGGACUUGAAAGAGCAUUUGGUGUUUCUCACAAUCCUACUUUUUGGGAUUUUGGAUUAGAUUUACUUGAUAGAAUCCGUAACAGUUUCUUGAGUUGGCAAUAGACUUUUAAUCAAUCCUUCACUUUGUGAUUUCUUUUUAAGAGCAAGUAAACUUUUUUUUGUAUGUUUGAAACUCGGUUACAACUUAUUUGCUUUCACUCUGAGGAUUAUUGUCUUAAUAUGGU